AAGUUGUUCUCAAACCCAAAAGAAGCAGCCAAGUUAAUACUUUUGUUUUCUCCCUUGAAAGAUGGUAGCACUUGCUUUCACCCCUUUGAAGAUGGGACCUCCAACCUUUGUGUCUAUCCCCCUUAACACUGCUCCUUCUCACUUUGCUUUAAGAGUAUAUUGCCAGAAAACUGCAGCAGAAAACACCACCAAAAGACUGCCUCCAGGGCCAAGAAAAUUGCCUUUCAUUGGAAACCUGCACAAUUUGGCAGGUUCACUACCGCAUCAUGUUCUUAAAGAUCUAGCCAAAGAAUAUGGUCCUCUCAUGCAUCUUCAGCUGGGUGAAGUUCCAGCUGUUGUUGUAUCAUCAGCUGAGAUGGCUCAUGAGGUGAUGAAGACACAUGAUCAUGUGUUUGCUCAGAGGCCUGAACUUAUUUCUUCCAAAAUUUUGUCAUAUGAUAGUUCUGAUCUUGUCUUCGCCAAAGGAGAAUACUGGAAGCAAAUUAGGAAAAUUUGUUUAACAGAACUUUUGGGUGCUAAAAAGGUCAAGUCCUUUGCUCCUAUUCGGGAAGAUGAGGUUUCAAAUCUCCUUGAAUCCAUCCGCUUGGCUGGAGAAUCUCCUGUCAAUUUGACAGAGAAGAUUUUCUGGAUGACUAGUGUCAUAGCUUGUAGAGCAGCUUUCGGCAACAAAUGGGAAGAUCAAAGAGCAGUCAUAUCAAUAGCCAGGGAAUCUCUAUCGCUAUCAGGAGGAUUUGACUUGGCUGAUUUAUACCCUGCACGAGAAUUUCUUCAUGUAAUCACCAACAUGAAGCCAAGGUUAGAGAAAAUGCGUGUCAAAUUGGACAAGGUUUUGGAUAGAAUCGUAAACGAACAUAAGCAGAAAUUGUUGAGUGGCAAAGGUGAAUCUGAAGACGCUGAAGUUUUAGUUGAUGUUCUUCUCAGGCUUCAGGGAAGUGGUAGGCUUGAGUGUCCUAUCACUAUUGACAAUGUUAAAGCUAUCAUCUGGGAUAUGUUCGUUGCUGGAACUGAUACUUCAUCAACAACAACAGAAUGGGCUCUAGCAGAAAUGAUCAGGAACCCAAGAGUCCUGAAGAAGGCACAAGCUGAGAUAAGGGAAUCCCUUAAAGGGAAGGAAACAAUUUCCGAAGAAGAUAUUCAAGGAUUACAAUACCUAAAGCUGGUGAUCAAAGAAACUCUAAGGAUACACCCUGCAGUACCCUUGUUACUUCCAAGAGAAAGUAAAGAAAGAUGUGAGAUUGGUGGAUAUGAAAUCCCUGAAAAAACCAAAGUGAUUGUCAACGCCUGGGCGAUAGGGAGAGAUCCAGAGUAUUGGCAGGAUCCUGAGAAAUUCAUACCAGAGAGGUUCAGUGACAAUUCCAUUGAUUUUAGAGUGACCAAAUUCAACUACAUUCCAUUUGGAGCUGGAAGGAGGAUAUGCCCUGGUAUGACUUUUGGUCUUGCCAACGUUGAGCUUCCUCUUGCUAAAUUACUUUACCAUUUCGAUUAUAAGUUGCCGGAGGGAAUGAGACCAGAGGAUUUAGACAUGACUGAAUCCUUUGGAGCAACUGUUGGAAGAAAGAAUAACUUGCAGCUGAUUGCUACUCCUUACGUACCUUCUUCAUCCACUUGUGAGGCCUCAACUCAAAACAUGGAAGCAAUGGAAGUUCUCAAAUAAAGUCAGAAUCAUUGAAAAAUAAUAUGAACGCAGAAAAGAAAUAAUGUAAAAUAAUUAUGUAGUCCGGUGCCAGCUGACCAUCUUGCAAUUUAAUUGCAUCACUUUUGGUUAGCCGUCGGCUUGUUGCUCCACUUGACUUUGUGGGUGUAUCUAUAUAUAUAUAUAUAUAUUAAUUUUUAUAAA